GUAUUCAGUUGUAUUCAUCUAUCCAAUAUGAAACUGUUCCUCUCUGUACUGGCCGUGGCUAUUGCCUGCGCCUCUGCUAUGCCGCAGCAGGCGGAGCCUGUGGCAGCGAAGGACGCAGUCCUUGGCUCAGCCCCUGGCUCCAUUGAGGGUCGCAUUACCAACGGUUAUCCUGCCCACGAGGGUAAGGUGCCAUACGUCGUUGGCCUGGGCUUCAGCAGUGGCAGCGGCGGCUGGUGGUGCGGUGGAUCCAUCAUCGGCAACACGUGGGUGGUUACAGCCGCCCACUGCACCCACGGCGCCGACUCCGUGACCAUCUACUACGGCGCCCUGUGGCGCCUGCAGGCCCAGUACACCCACACCGUGCGCAGCGGCAGCUUCAGACAGCACUCCAACUACAACACCAACAACCUGAACAACGACAUCUCGCUGAUCAACACCCCACACGUGGACUUCUGGCAUCUGGUCAACAAGGUGGAGCUGCCCAGCUACAAUGACCGCUACAACACCUACUCCGGUUGGUGGGCUCUGGCCUCCGGCUGGGGCAAGACAUCCGACAACGGCGGCGUGUCUGACUACUUGAACUGCGUCGACUCUCAGAUCAUUGACCGUUCUGCCUGCUCAGGCGUGUACGGCACAGAUGUGGUCACCGACAACGUCAUUUGCACCUCCACUCCUGGCGGCAAGUCAACCUGCUCCGGUGACUCUGGCGGCCCCCUGGUCAUCCAUGACGGCGGCAGACUGGUUGGUGUGACCUCCUUCGUUGCCUCCAACGGAUGCACCGCUGGUCUGCCCGAUGGCUUCACCCGUGUCACCAGCUACCUGGACUGGAUCCGUGACCACACCGGCAUCUCCUACUAAAUUCUAAACUCUUGAAAUAAAUCAAUCGCAACACUACGAAA